AUGCUUUCCCGAUCACUGCUGCGAUCGAGAGCUGUGGGAGCUUUCCCCCUCUCUGCGCGAAGCCAUGGUCGCUUCUUCUCUGCCUCCGCCCUUCGCGCCGAUGACAAGAUCAACAGAAUUUCCGCCAACAUCACCCAGCCCAAGGCCCAGGGCGCAUCCCAGGCUAUGCUCUACGCUACCGGUCUCUCCGAGGAUGACAUGAACAAAGCUCAGGUCGGUAUCUCGUCUGUUUGGUACGAGGGCAACCCUUGUAACAUGCAUCUCAUGGAUCUGUCUGCCGUCGUCAAGGAGUCUGUUGCCAAGGCUGGCCUCAUUCCCUACCGAUUCAACACCAUUGGAGUGUCCGAUGGUAUUUCCAUGGGUACCACAGGUAUGCGAUACUCUCUUCAAAGUCGAGAGAUCAUUGCCGAUAGUAUUGAGACUGUCAUGAACGGCCAAUGGUAUGAUGCAAACAUCAGCUUGCCCGGUUGCGACAAGAACAUGCCUGGUGUUGCUAUCGCCAUGGGCCGUGUCAACCGCCCUAGUAUCAUGGUUUAUGGUGGUACCAUUCGUCCCGGUUGCACUAAGAAGGGCGAGUCUAUCGAUAUUGUCUCUGCUUUCCAAGCCUACGGUCAAUACAUUACUGGAGAGAUCAGCGAGGAAGAGCGAUUCGACAUUAUCCGAAAUGCUUGCCCUGGCGGUGGUGCUUGCGGUGGCAUGUACACUGCCAACACCAUGGCUACCGCCCUUGAGACUCUUGGCCUUACUCUGCCUGGUAGCAGCAGCAGCCCUGCUGAGGACCCAAGCAAGAUCGCCGAGUGUGAAAAGGUUGGACCUGCUAUUCGCAACAUCCUCAAGGAGGAUAUCCGACCCCGUGACAUCAUGACUCGCAAGGCCUUCGAGGACGCCAUGAUCGUCACCACCAUCCUCGGUGGUAGCACCAACGCUGUCCUGCAUCUUAUCGCCAUUGCCGACUCCGUCGGUAUCAAGCUCGACAUCGAGGACUUCCAGAAGGUCUCUGACCGCACUCCCUUCCUUGCCGACCUGAAGCCCUCCGGAAAGUGGGUCAUGGCCGAUAUGCACAAGAUUGGUGGCACUCCAGCUCUUCUCAAGUUCCUCAUCAAGGAGGGCAUUAUCGACGGCUCUGGUAUCACCGUUACCGGUAAGACCAUGAAGCAGAACGUUGAGGACUUGCCCGGCUUCCCUGAGGAUCAGACUAUCAUUCGACCCCUGACCAACCCUAUCAAGCCCACCGGUCACAUCCAGAUCCUCCGUGGCUCUCUGGCCCCUGGUGGCUGUGUCGGUAAGAUCACUGGUAAGGAGGGUCUUCGAUUUGAGGGCAAGGCUCGUGUCUACGACUCCGAGCCCGACUUCAUUGCCAGCCUCGAGGCUGGUGAGAUCAAGAAGGGUGAGAAGACUGUUGUCAUCAUCCGCUACGAUGGUCCCAAGGGUGGUCCUGGUAUGCCCGAGAUGCUGAAGCCUUCUUCUGCCAUUAUGGGUGCUGGUCUUGGACAGGACGUUGCCCUUCUCACAGACGGUCGCUUCUCCGGUGGCUCCCACGGUUUCAUCAUUGGUCACAUCGUCCCUGAGGCCAUGGAGGGUGGCCCCAUCGCCCUUGUUGAGGACGGUGACACCAUUGUCAUUGAUGCUGAGACCCGUGCCAUUGACCUUAUGGUUCCCGAGGAGGAGGUUGCCCAACGUCGCAAGGCAUGGAAGGCUCCCGCUCCUCGAUACACCAAGGGUACUCUCAGCAAGUACGCCCAGCUGGUGACAAACGCAAGUCAGGGCUGUGUCACCGACAGCGGUCUCAAGAACUAA